UGCAGGUGCAGCGCAGCCCAGUGGAAGUACCCGUCAGCAUUGUCAGUGCUACUAUUCCGUGGGUGCCCUGAAAAUCUCACGUCCAAAGUGGCUAAGAGCGUAAGUCCCCGUCGUGCGCACCAGGAGUGCUCCAGCGGGGUGGACGGUGUGCAGGUGCAGACGGCGGCGCAGGUGCAGCAGCAGGAGAGACGAACACCGAGGCGCAUGCCUUACCUGGGGCCUGACAUGACAACCCGGCUAUCCGCCAUGUUCUACACGGUCGAGGUCGGGGACACCAAGUUCACCAUCCUGAAGCGCUACCAAAACCUCAAGCCUAUCGGAUCGGGCGCGCAGGGGAUAGUCUGCGCGGCGUACGAUACCGUCACUGCUCAAAAUGUGGCGAUCAAGAAGCUAUCCAGACCUUUUCAAAACGUGACACACGCAAAGAGGGCCUACAGAGAGUUCAAACUCAUGAAGUUGGUCAAUCACAAAAACAUAAUCGGUCUUCUGAACGCGUUUACGCCGCAACGGUCGCUGGAUGAGUUUCAAGACGUGUAUCUGGUGAUGGAGCUCAUGGACGCUAAUCUAUGCCAAGUGAUCCAGAUGGAUCUGGACCACGAGCGUAUGUCGUAUCUCCUCUAUCAAAUGCUGUGUGGCAUCAAGCACUUGCACUCCGCCGGCAUUAUCCACAGGGAUCUAAAACCAAGCAAUAUUGUCGUAAAAUCUGACUGUACGCUAAAGAUUCUUGACUUUGGCUUGGCGAGGACCGCUGGUACCACAUUUAUGAUGACGCCCUACGUCGUCACACGAUAUUAUCGGGCGCCAGAGGUGAUUCUGGGCAUGGGCUACAAAGAGAAUGUGGACAUCUGGUCGGUGGGGUGCAUCAUGGGCGAGAUGAUACGCGGUGGCGUAUUAUUUCCGGGUACGGAUCACAUUGACCAGUGGAACAAAAUAAUUGAACAACUUGGUACACCGGCGCAAGAAUUCAUGCAACGACUGCAGCCGACCGUCAGAAAUUACGUAGAGAACAGGCCACGAUAUCCAGGCUAUCCCUUCGAGAGGCUAUUUCCGGAUGUCCUAUUCCCCUCGGACUCCUCAGAACACAAUAGAUUAAAAGCGAGCCAAGCCAGGGAUCUAUUAUCGCGCAUGCUCGUGAUCGACCCGGAACGACGCAUUUCCGUGGAUGAGGCGUUGCUGCACAAUUAUAUAAACGUCUGGUACGACGAGGGGGAAGUCAAUGCUCCUGCACCAGGUCCAUAUGAUCAUAGCGUGGACGAGAGGGAACACACGGUGGAUCAGUGGAAAGAGCUGAUCUAUCAGGAGGUGAUGGAAUACGAAACAAGCCACAAUCCUGCGGCGGUUGCUCAAUCGUCAGAAAGCGCUGGGAGUCGGUAGAUACCGCAGAGCAGCAGCCCAUCCACGGUUCCCUUCUCGUCGAGGAAGCAUCCGAAUAGUCUUACCUACCGCCUGGAUAUCGCCGGAGCGUCGUAGCGAGAGAGGGAGCGGAAACCGGAGAAAGAAAGGGAUGAAAAGAAUGAAGAAAAGAAAGAAGCUAAAUCCACGUCCACGAACCUAUCUUCCUGUCCUUUGGGAAGACAAGAAACAUAAGCGAAAAAAUAUGAAAAGGGAAGAAGGAUACUCUAUCGAGUGUCAUAAGGGGACAAAUUGUAGUUUUUUGGCAGCACAUGUGAUCAAGUGACGAAACUAGUCGAAGAUGAUCAAUUAAUAAUUCCUCCGUUCGAUCUUCUCUCUCUUGGAACGAUCUAAGUGAUCUGAGUAAACGCUCCUGCAGAAGCGAAACUCGUGACCGCUAUAUGGCAUUUUGACAGGUGCCACCGAACACUCAAGACACCUUCGUCUCUUUCUUUGUGCUUUACCAAAGCAAUGGAGGUCAGUAAGGAUCGCGGGAGAAUUUCAGGAUCGGAGGGUAACUUUACGGAGAAGAGAACUAGAGAGAAAGCGAUGGAUGAAGGAGAAAUUAUCGUGUCACGCGUUGUCGUCUCCUCAACUACUGCCAGCCUGGUUGUUGGACGAGCUUCUUCUCUCUUCCCCUCAGUUUAUUCGUUUCCUUAAUUAACGUGAAAUCUCCGAACACCUCCUCCGGGAACCCCUAAAUCGUUGUUUCGAUCCACGGAAAGAUAUUUCUAUCUCGAUUCGCAACUACUUGACCUUUCUUUUGUACAACGGUUUAUUCGCUGUGCAAUCUGAAAGCGGAUGUCGAAAGUUCAUACUUUUUGAUCGUCUUGUAAUCAUGAACGAUAUUUGACGUGCAUUUUAUAGCAAUAAAGUCGACGCGAAAGAGAAACGAUAUAGAAAUACCAUAUUCCUGUGAUGGUCGUUUUAAGAUUAUACAAGUCGGAAACUGGAUGUGAUCGUUCCUUUAACUUCCGGAGGAUUAAGUGAUCGAUCGCCCGUUACAACUUCCGAAAAAAUCGGUCGAGCGCGUUUAUCUUUUGCGCGCGGACAACAUAUAAUAUAUAUAUAUUUUUCGUAUCAUUGUUAAGCACAUAUGGGAACACACAAUUCUGAAUGUAACUUUUUAACGCGACCAUCCACGCUCUUUCAGAGUAUGGGGCACAAAGAUAUCAGAGUAAGAAGAUAAGGGAAAAUUUACCACAGAGCUUAUAACCGCUCGAUCUUCGUCUCGCGGGUGUAGCGGGCGAUCACCAGGACGAGGCUAUCCUUAGAAUUUUGUUUCAUUAAGUCGCUGGAUGUCGCGAGGGUAUAUAAGUUAGAUAUAUUUGUUAAUAUUUAAUUCAUGUGGCUCCGUACGACAUAUGCAUGCCGCGCAAUGCAAUGAAGCGUGUGAGGCGCAAGAAAAAUAGAAGAAAUGACGCGCUACACGUCGAGUCUCGAAACCAUUCGUAUCGCGAAAGGAAAGAGACGCGAUCGAUGAGACAUAGGAUUUUUUGUACAUAAUAAUUGAUGAUUAUUGUGAAUUUAGUGCUGUGUGCGAACGAGAGUGUCCGCACGAUCUCGCGCGGUACUGAUUUUUUUUCGUAAGCGUGUACCUUUCGUUCGGAUACUUCGCAUCUCCGCUCUGUGUGCUUUCGUCUCGGUCGUUAUCAGUGCUAGUAGAUACGCGAUUCAUGAUACUUCAUAUUAGUAGUCUCGUAGUCGUAAGAACAAUUGGCGAACGCUGAUUAAUUUUAAUGAGUCGAUAGGAAGAAAAAGAAAGAGGAUGAAGUAGUGCAAUGCCACAACGAUCGAUCUCUGCGUAAUAAUGUCGGGGACACUGCGGUCCCACGAUUACCGAUUAUACCUUUAGUAGUGCCCGAAUAGUAGUGCGAUAAACGAUACUACUCCCUUUCUCGUGCAAUCUCGCGUACAACGUGUCGCGCGAUGAACUCACGGUGCUUAGUAUUUUACAAUCGACGAAAUAACCGAGAGAGAAUUCGGUUAAAUCGACGCAAUAAUCGGUGGAAUAAAACUACAAUCGAUCGCGCAUAAAAAGCGGCGAAAAGGGACAGUUUUCGCUUAGUUUAUUUUGCGAAGAUAUGGAUCUUUGUCGAAUGUUUACUAAUUUUUAAUUUUUUUUUUUUUUUUAAUAGAUCGUGUGAUUUGUAUUAUUAUAUAGGAGAAUAUGACAUAAAGAAGGAAACACUUCUUGAUUAGAAUAUCGUGAAACGAUAUAUAAUAGACGAGGGUGAAUUGGGUUGAGAGAGCCGAUAAUGCUGAUGAUGAUGAUGAUGAUGAUAAUGAUGAUGAUGAUGAUGAUGAUAAUGAUGAUAAUGAUAACGAUGGUAAGUAUAUAAACAAUUGUAUUUAUUACGUGAAUCGACGAGGAGAACUUACAAAUAAAUAGCGACUCGAAUGAUGAUGAAGAAUAAUUGUAUAAUGUAAACGUUAAAUUUUUAUUUUCCACGACGAUAGUUAUGUGAAUAUAUUGCUACAGUCCGAUCCAAAUAUAAUCAAGCUUUUGUAACACUAAUUAUAAUAAAAAGUCUAAUGAUGAUACUGCUAAUUACACGUAAUUGUAUCGCACACACAUGGUUAAAAUUAUGAAAUUAUGAGCUACAAAUAAGCGGUCUCGAUUCUGCGCGUGUACGGAAGCGGAGAGUAGUGCGCCAAAAAUCUUUACAAAUUCAGCUAGUUGUCGUCGCGCUGCAGAUCCGCGACGAAUAUCCCUUUUCAUCAACGUAUUUCUUUUACAUAUUAAAACUGUAUACAUGUCCCAUUGCAUACGUAUGUAUUAUGAACGAGCUUCUUUAUUACGAAAUUAAGAAAAAAAAUUAGAACAUUUUGGCAUUCUUUCGCCACGCUAUUUUUUACCCUACGCGCCUAAUUCGUCAAAAGCGUAUAUCUACAGAUAUAUCUGUUGUAUUUUGCAAUGACACUUCAUCGAAAGUAAUGCGAUUAAAAUGAACUAAGAUUAAAAUGAACGCAACAAUCUUCCCGGCGUUCUAGGUGUUAAUCCCGUAAAAAAUAAGUUAAUUAAAAGGAUUAUUCUAUGUAAUUAUGUUUCUUCAAUCUUCGUAAUUGAAGAUUGAAUACAAGAUUCUAAUUAGACAAUAAAUUCAAAAUUUUUGGGUUGUCUGUUAAAGACAACCUUUCAGGAGGAAAUUAUAUUUAUCUAAUAUCUCAAACGACAUAUUUCUGAAUAAUAACUAUUUUUUUCCUAGAGCAAUUUCCUGAAAUGAUAAUUUACAUCUGUCUGAAAUUUGCCAAUUUUUCUUCUUUUUCUAAAGUGGCAUUUUUGAUGUUUAGCUAUACCUUCUCCGCCUUGCCACUUUGCAAAUUUGUCGCGCACGUCAUCCCGAAAACGAAUGCGUGACGCAUAAGAGAUAUAUUUUACGGCCCUCGCCAUCACCACGCACGUUAAGUAAAGUCAAUUAUAUUUAAUCAGCGGACGAUACUUAGCAGUUAAAAAAAAGCGUACCCAGAUUAUAUCUCUUGGGCAUUUAGCACUUGCACACAGGGUAACUUCUGCGGCCCUUCGUGCGUGUACUCACAGGGUGAUUCUCGUCGAACUUAAGCGAAAAAAAAAACAAGAAAGGAAAAAAUGCAAGAAAAAACUCAGAAAAAAGUUGUAACUGUUCCAAAAAGCGGAGACGAAGCGCGGUUGAGGGUGAGAAUGUGAGAUGAGAGAAAGGGAGAGAGCGCGCGAGAGAGAGAGAAAGAGAUACAACUAUUUUUCCAUUUUACAAGUUGCAAAAAGCCUUUUUCUUCGCACAGUAAGCGCGCUGAAGGAAAACUCGGUAAACUAUGUGAUUCCUGAUGAAAUUUCGUCCAGCUCCUUCUUGUGAGCCAGCACAAUCUUUUAAAUCACUUUCGAGGAUCGCUAAAUCGCUUGCGACGUUUCUUUCCCGUCUGCGAUACGAGAAAGAUAAAGAAAAAGAGAGAAAGAGAGGGAGAAAAACUGUGUAAGAAUUUUGUAAUAUUCGCUACGAUAAUCUCUCCCCGCGAUAUUUGUACCAAGACAGAAUUUCUAAAGAUUUUUGGAUAUACGCCAUAAAAAGAGAGAGAGAGAGAGAGAGAGAGAGAGAGAGAGAGAGAGAGAGAGAGAGAGCAAGCGAAAAAGCGAAGUGAUAAUUAACAUUUGCCCGGUUUCGGAAACUUUUAUCAAGUGAAUGAUGGGGGGUGGAGGUGGCGCGACCUGGAUCACACCGGAGGACAUCGUCCUCGAUCAACGUUCUGUGUGUGUGUGUACACACGUAGCAAUCA